AAACUCCGCGAUGCUUCCCCUCCCUCGCGCCGGCCCAGGUGCGCGCCGCGCUCCUGCCCGCCCGCUGCCCGCCGGCGGGGGGGACCUGACGGGGAUGUGACCGCCUCCCCUGCCCAGCGCUGCUUACCCCCUCCCUCCAGAUUUUUAUAUAUAUAUAUAUAUAUAUGUAUAUGUAUAUAUAUAUACACACAUACAUUCACAGAUGAAUAUAUAUAUAUAAAUAUACAGAGAAGUCAUUUCUGGGGGGAGGGACGGGGAGCUCGGAUCAUGGCCCUGGGGCUCCCGGGGCUGUCGCCGCCGAUCUGCAGCUCGCCUCCGGGGCCCGCCGCUGACCAUGGGGCUGAAGGCGCGGCGCGGCGCGGCGGGCGGUAGCGCGGCCGGCGGGGCGGCGGCGGCGGCGGGGCGGCGAGCGGCGGCCGGCGGCGACCCCGAGCAGGGCUCGCUGGCCCUGGGCACCGGCGGCGACCGCGACGGCACGCUGCUGCUGGAGGGCGGCGGGAAGGAGGAGGGCGGCAAGCGGAGCCCGCCGGGACUGGGGCUGCUGGCGAAGACCCCCCUGAGCCGCCCGGUGAAGCGGAACCACGCCAGGUACCGCCGCAUCCAAACUUUGAUCUACGACGCCCUGGAGCGACCCCGCGGCUGGGCGCUGCUCUAUCACGCCUUCGUGUUUCUGAUUGUCUUGGGGUGUUUGAUCUUAGCAGUCCUGACAACUUUCAAGGAGUAUGAAACAGUUUCUGGAGACUGGCUCCUCUUGCUGGAAACUUUUGCCAUUUUCAUCUUUGGAGCAGAGUUUGCCUUAAGAAUCUGGGCUGCUGGCUGUUGCUGUCGCUACAAAGGAUGGAGGGGGAGACUCAAAUUUGCCAGGAAGCCUUUGUGCAUGCUGGAUAUCUUUGUGCUGAUUGCUUCAGUGCCAGUGGUUGCUGUUGGGAACCAGGGCAAUGUUCUGGCAACGUCUCUCAGAAGCCUCCGCUUCCUUCAGAUCCUCCGGAUGCUCCGCAUGGACCGGCGGGGCGGCACGUGGAAACUUUUAGGAUCAGCUAUUUGUGCACACAGCAAAGAACUCAUCACCGCUUGGUACAUUGGGUUCCUGACGCUCAUCUUAUCCUCAUUUCUUGUUUAUCUGGUUGAAAAAGAUGUUCCUGAAAAAGAUGCUAAUGGGGUAGAGAUGAAAGAGGAGUUUGAAACCUAUGCAGAUGCACUGUGGUGGGGGCUGAUCACCCUUGCUACGAUUGGAUACGGAGACAAAACCCCUAAAACAUGGGAGGGACGGCUGAUUGCAGCCACCUUCUCUCUCAUUGGAGUGUCUUUCUUUGCUCUUCCUGCAGGCAUUCUGGGGUCAGGGCUGGCACUGAAGGUCCAGGAGCAGCAUCGUCAAAAACAUUUUGAGAAAAGAAGAAAGCCAGCAGCUGAGCUCAUUCAGGCUGCCUGGAGAUACUAUGCUACUAACCCCAACAGGAUUGAUUUAGUUGCUACCUGGAGGUUUUAUGAAUCAAUUGUAUCAUUUCCAUUUUUCAGGAAAGAGCAAUUGGAUGGUACUGCCAGUAAUGUCAUGAUUAGUAGGGAGUCAUUCUUUGGAUCAAGCCUCACAAGAAAACUUAGCCAAAAGCUGGGUCUCUUGGAUCGGGUUCGUGGUACCAAUACUAAAGGAAAGCUAUUUACCCCUCUGAAUGUAGAUGCCAUUGAAGAAAGUCCUUCAAAAGAGCCUAAGAAUGUUGUCUUGAAUAAUAAGGAGCGUUUUCGCACUGCAUUCCGAAUGAAAGCAUACGCUUUUUGGCAAAGCUCAGAAGAUGCAGGAACAGGGGAACCCAUGGCAGAAGACAGAGGUGACAGUAGUGAUUUCCCUAUGGAAGAUAUGAUCCCCACAUUCAAGACAGCCAUCCGAGCUGUCAGAAUACUACAGUUUCGUCUCUAUAAAAAAAAAUUCAAGGAGACUUUGAGGCCUUAUGAUGUAAAGGAUGUGAUAGAGCAAUACUCAGCAGGGCAUCUUGAUAUGCUUUCCAGAAUAAAAUACCUUCAGGCAAGAGUAGAUAUGAUUUUUACACCUGGACCUCCAUCUACUCCCAAGCAUAAGAAAUCCCAAAAGGGAGGAGCUUUUUCUUACCCUUCACAACAGUCUCCCAGAAAUGAACCAUAUGUAGCCAAAGCAUCUACAGCUGAUACUGAAGACCAAAGUAUGAUGGGAAAAUUUGUUAAAGUUGAGAGGCAGGUAAAUGACAUGGGGAAGAAACUGGAUUUUCUUGUUGAUAUGCAUAUGCAUCAUAUGGAACAGCUGCAGAUACAAGUUGCUGAGAUAAGUCCAUUGAAAGAAACCGCUUCUCCUGCAAGGGAGAAGAGAGAAGAAAACAAAUAUUCUGAAUUAAAAACAAUAAUAUAUAAAUACACUGAGCAGUGUUCUCGUGAAACUCCUUACAACUUCCAGCAGGUUCCAGUCAACAAAGUCAGCCCCUAUGGUUUCUCAGCACGGGGUCAUACGGCUCACUCACAACCUUUCUCAAUAGGUGGGCAAAACUCUGGCAAAAUGCAAGCCACACCUUCCUCAACUUCAUAUGCAGAAAGGCCAACAGUUUUGCCUAUAUUUACAUUAAUGGACUCCCAGGUUAGCUACCACUCCCACGGGGACCUUCAAAGCCCUUACUCAGACAAGGUGUCUCCGAGGCAGAGAAGGAGCCUGACGAGAGACAGCGAUACUCCAUUGUCCCUUCUCUCUGUCAACCACGAGGAGCUCGAGCGCUCCCCGAGUGGCUUCAGCAUCUCCCAAGAGAGAGACGACUUCCCCUUCGGCCCCAACGGGGGCUCGGCGUGGAUGAGAGAGAAACGCUACCUAGCAGAGGGGGAGACAGACACAGACACAGACCCCUUCACACCAAGUGGCUCCAUGCCUUUGUCCUCUACAGGAGAUGGGAUUUCAGAUUCAAUAUGGACCCCGUCAAACAAGCCAGCUUAAAAGUGUGUGGGGGGCAGUCACUGGCUGACUUCUCCUUGUAAUGUAAGCAUACUUUGUAUAUCUCACUUACUCUACACCCAAAGCUUACUAGUCCCAAACACCAAUGGCUGCAUAAGAUGCAUGUGAUAUUAGUGGUAGUCAUUCUGCACCAUUUCAUACAAUUUAAUAAUGCAGUUUUUUUCAUGCUAUCAAAACUAAGGGGCUUAGUUUUGAGCAUGGUUUGCAUGACUUUGCCCUAUAUAAAUGGUACAGCUGAUUUCUUCCAUGAUACAUAUCUAUCUGGUACUCUUCAAUACAUCAAUGUUGAAUUGAUAAGAGACAAGAUACAGUGGUCCUUGCUACAUUUUGUAAACAGAGCAGCAAAAUAAAAAUAUUUUCAGGAACAAUAUCCCUUUGUGGAAACAUAACGUCUGAAUCAUUUUCCAUUAUAAGCAAAUCAAUCUCUAAUCAACCAUGCCAAUGAUUUCUAAUAUCAAAAGAAGGGGAAAACUGAGUUAAAGUAUGACCUUAUUGAAAUGUUUUUGUGAACUAAAUGUUUCUCAUGUGAUCUCUGAUAGAACUACCCCUGAAAUACAAUGUUGAAAUGAAAUUAAGGAUAGGAUUUUAAAUCAUCAAAGCCACCUCCUGGGAUUGAUCAUAGGCAUUUAUUUAUUGUAAAAUGUAAAUAGAAAUCCCUCAAAAUACUUUGAAAAUCUUCACUAGUGUUUAUAAAAUUGCUCAAAGUAGGAUUAUAAUGCUUUUUUUUAGAAAAUCUUUUGCUAAGUCUAUUUCCUACCUAUGGGGCCAAAUUUUCUUUGUUACAAAAACAAGGCUGCUCACUGUAGAGAACUCCAGGUUUAUACACUCCACUCUUCUAUUGACUUAGGUGCUGCUAAGUAAGAAGCAGAAUGUAACUCAGCCUCAGUUUCCCAGUCUGUUAAUUGGGAGUUACACUUCCACACAUGCUCACAGGUUGAAAGGCUCAAUUCUCUAAUAUUUGCCAAGUGCUUUGAGCUCCUCAGAUGUGCAGAAAAUUGCUAUUCUCUUCCCUGCAAGUUCUACAGUGUGAGAUGCUGCCAGGAUCUGUUUCUCUCUGUUUACCUUUUCUCUUGGAAAUGGAGUGCUCCAAAUCCAUGGAUGUGUGCUAUAUAUAGGAUUAAUGUAUGAAUAAAUAAUCAUCAUUUUUUUCAUGCGUCCCUGAACAACAGAGAGAUAAGUAUGCUCCCUAGGCCUCAGCCAAAUAUUUUUUAAUGGAAGUUGGAAAUUAUUGAGAAGGAGGAGACCAAGAAAAACACUGGACCGCUGGAAGGAAAUUAAUCAAAGAGCUCACCACUACAGUGGGAAUAUAGUACCUAUAAAGCUAGUGAAAUUAGCAUAUCCAAAUAUCCUAUACAGGUCUUACCUGGUGUCAGUCAAUGUGUCCAUGAAAUAGCAUCCAUGUGGUGUCCAGCUUGGUGGCUGUGCACUCUUUACAGCUGUGGGAAAUGAAGGAGUACAGUCAGUGAGCACAGGGUACAGCAACAAAGGCACACAUCAAAUUCAGGAUGAGAUUAAUCUCACCUUUGACUCAGUUAUCUACAAUGACCAAAUGUCUACCAACUUCAAAGAGAGCAGAAGGUGACUUGCUUAGAUGUCAGAUGAUCAGAGACCACACAAUCAGUGUUAAUUGUCUCAUGUCUCCCCCACUGAUCCAAGGUGCAGCCUCUCUCCAUGGCUCAUCCCCACCUCAUGUCCAGGACAAUCCCUGUCGCUCCACACAAUGACUUCCCCACUGUGGCCAGGGCACUGACCAACAAAGAUGGCAGGAUUUGGCCCAAAUAAGGUGUUACAAAAGGGACUUUCUGCAGAGACUGCUUGUAUUGCACUGCAGCUGCACAACUGAGCAUCUCUGGCACAUCCAGUCUGAGCCAAGAACAUGUUACUGGGCUUCCCAGUGCUUACUGGGAAUUGCACAGCCCUGGAUGGAAAGUGCUCCAAUGACAAUAUUUUGUUGGGUUUUUCUGACCAUAGUAAACUUUUGGUUUAAUUCCUCAGCAUUGUUGACAUCUCAUAGCAGUUGUUCCAUCUGGGGAAUUGUGUUCUUUUCCAGAUGUGGGCAUUGCCUUCAUCUUCAUUGUUUGUUCUCUAUUGGAAGAGACAUCUAAAGGAUUAGGAUCUUCUUACUUCAUCUGCUUCUUCAGCUAAAUCAUGUUUCAUCCUUCUGGGAUAGAUCUUCAGGAAGAACAAAUUGCUUUGUUACUGGAUUAAAUACUGCAGACCAGUUACAGCCUUUGAAGCCUGGGCUGAGUCCAUGGAGCUGUUCUGAAGCCAGUAACUAUGAUGGUAUGAGGCACAAUUUUGGUAAUUACUUAAUUGACAAAAUAGCAUUGACCUGAAAGAUAAUCUGCAUUUGGCACAGUUUUGUGGCUAAAUUUACAAAGAAUAAAACUAAAUGACCAAAGUGUAAUUCGUUAUAAUUUGGCAUAAUUGAGAAUUCUUUGGCCCUUACGAUUCUUGGAAAUAUAUCCAUUUUACCUGUUGCAGCUUUCUGAAAAAGUAAUAGAUGUCUGUGGCAACUUGUGAGAUUUAACCCUCACAUGACAAGAAAAUGGAAUAGAAUGAAAAAAAAAAAAAAUAUUGCUACAUUUCUGAAGUAUCUGUAAGUAUGCACUAGACAAGUCUGCUUCAGUUUUCUUGUAUAUAAAGGGCCUGUUGUUCCUACUGAUUUAAUCUGAAUUUCUUCUCUCUUUAAAUUCUUCCUAGAGCUAAGCAAUCAAAAAUGAAGGCAGCCAAAAAGCAGGUGCAGUCUGAUCAAUUUGUUUGUGACUGUCUUUGACAGUGGCUAUGCCAUGCUGUUCCCUGUUCAAUUCCCACUGAAAUUCUUCAGUUCAAUUUUCUGUUCUUUUCCAUGACAGGUCAUAUAAAAGGAAUCUUUUCUCAGUAUUAAACCUGGUUGAAAAAUCCAUAAAUAACCUCUUUAUCAAAUUGUGUUCUUUCCAAGAGAAAAUCCAAGCAAGGGCAGAGACUUGGUGAAUAUUCACCUGCACACAGCCCCAGAGAAAGCAGGAUUUGGGCUGCCCUGCACUCUGCACACUUAGCAGAUGAACUGUCUGGAAGUUAGUGUUUUCUCUGGCCUGCAAUCACCAAUUUGCAAUAUGCAUCUUUAAAGUCAGGUAUUUGUAGCCACAUCAUUAAAUAUUUAAUGAUGCCAGAUAAGAUCUGCCUCUUCUUAAAAAGCACUGGUGAUAAACUCAGCAAGAUCCUCUGCAGCACAUAUCUAUGGGUCCUGUGAAGGAGAUCCAAGAAAUGAGACAGGCAGAUCUGAUUGGCUUAUUUUAAUAUUUAUAUUUCUUAGCACUGAAACCUGUAUUGCUCUGUUCAUAAGAAUUCUGUUCUUAGCAGCUCUCUGCCAUUUACAUCACUGGGGUUAAAAACAGGGCAUCCAUCAGUUCUGCUGUCUGUGAUGACAACAGAUAGGUGUCAAGGUGUCACCAGCAAGGUGAGAUCUGGAGACCAUCCUGAUCUGGGAUUUGCACACAAAUUCCUCAGAUUCCAGUCAGGGUGAGUCCAGGGAGUGCAUUCACCUUGGAACUGUGGUUCACGUGCCAGCCACAGAUACUGGACAAAGCAAAAUAAACUAUGUGUGAUCCCAGUAACAUUAAGAAUAUCAAGACCUGUUUCCAACACAAGGAAUCUCUAUUCACAAUUUCAUUUGAGAAAGGCAUCUGGGUCAACAAUAGUCUUCGUAAUAGGAAUUAGUUAGAUUUAUACCUUCUUCUGCAUGAUGUUUCAGUUUAAGAGUUAUCAAUUCUCUUUGGGUCAGACCUUUCUAGCAUCUUGACUGACACUAGCACUUUGUUUGCUUGUACUUAACAUUAAGAAGUGUUAAAUUACUUUGAUGACUCUCAUCUCAUUUCAGGCCUUGAGAUAUUUUUUGUAAUUUGAAACUGUGGAGCUUUUCUCUGCCCUCCUUGAAGUAAGUUAGAAACCUUCUCACAGUGAUGCACUGGGAGCAGGGCUGGGUUCUAAUCUGCCAUUAUUUAUAAACUUCCUUGUGAAAGACAGCACUGAUCUGGAGACAUUUUUCUUGGCUACAUUUUGAGAGUGAUUUUCAGUCCCCGCCAGAUGUCUGGAAGUCUUCAAAAAGGUGAAUCUGUGUUUACAUUGUGUGCCUCUCUUUGCAGCAUUAUUAUCAAUUAAGCUUCCUCAUUUUAGAUGCAAACGGGGACUAUUAGAUUAAGGCAAAAGUGAAUGCUUUGUUGAAGUAUGAAGGUAUGAUAAAUGUGGUUUAUGCUCUACUUAGAGAGUUGGCCCUUUAAAAAAAAAAAAAAUCCAGUCAGGUAAUGGCUGUUGUCCUUGCCUUGGCUUUUCCCUGCCCUGAACUUAUGACUCUGGCUCCUAUCUAAAUAAAAAAUAAAUUCAACCCAUGGAGAGAUUUAUUUAAAAGUCCCUAAAUUGUCUUUUGGCUAUAUUUGCUCUGUUUUUAUCUGUAAUGUUGCUGCAUUAUUAUGGUCCAGAGCGGAAAUAGUUUAAAGUUUUUCUGUUUCAAAUGGUGGCCCAUGAGUGCUGCAAACUAAAGCUCACCCAAACCUGGGGGUAGCAGGGCCUUGUGGCCUUCAGGACAGCACCAAGGUGCAACCACAUUGCAAGAUCACAGCCUAAAGCAAUCAGAAAAUGCAGAGGGAGGAGCACCCUCACCCCUGCAGGGAGCCCAGCUGCUGCAGAGGUGUCACAUCUGCUUGGGUAAGACCUGAAUCCAUCCUGAUUGCUGCAGAGCAUGAGAGGAAAGAGCUGGACCUGGAUUCCUUGCACCCCACAGCCCCCACCACUGAGCUCUAGGUGUGUAAGAGCUGCAAACCUAAAUUUCCUGCAGCACCUCGUGAAUUCGGUGGGAUGUCACUUUUUCAGGAGCACAGCUGGAUGUGAGUGCUCCAUUUGAAGAUUAUUUUAAGAGGUUCAGAGGAAAAAGGAGCAUUUUCAAUGUUUUAGCUGGGCACUCUGGGAAUGAAGACCCUGGGUAUCAAAUUCCUUCUGUUUUUUUAGGCUGUAAGAUGUGAUCCUUCCCAAUGCAGCUUUGAGUAGCUUCCCUUUGAAGUUAACUGAAGCAAAAUAGUGAAAAUGGGCUCCUGUUUCCAUCAUGAAGAACACACUGAGACUGAAGGUUACAUAGCCAACUGCAUUUUGUUUUCUAGUUAUGGCAUCUUAUUAUUACUAGUAUUUGUGCCUUGCUCACUGAAAUCUUCUCCAUGCUACAAAGAUGCUUUUCAGAUUCUGGCUGACAAGGGAACACAACUUUUAUACAAGUGGCCUUUAGUGCUCUUUAUAAUAUUAUUUAUUGUAAUUUUUAAACUGUAUGUGUAAUUUCUAUUCUGGCACUGUCCAAUAUUUGAACAAAUUUAAUAUGUUUAUUUCAAUAUAUUAUGCAAACAAUACUUCUUAACUGAUUUUUUUAUGUUCUGUCUUUAAAAACUGCACCACUUAUUAAUAAAUAGAAAUUUCAAUUA